AAAAAGGGGGACGGUCGGGGUGGCCUGUCAGAUGGUUUGUUGUUGUUCUGUCUGCCAGGUUGCGAAGGGAACGCGAAAAUCGAACGAAAGUUUGAAUUCAAGAACGGCCACCGAUGGAAAAUCUGUCAUAUUAGAAGAAGGAUUGUUCUUUUUUUUUUCUAUUUUUUAUUUUUUAUUUACAGCUGUCUGAAAGACUAAAGAGAGAAGACCGAGGCUUUUGGAAGGUAGAAGAUGAGAGAAGAGGUGUCUUGCACUAACUCCCCCGAAGGAGGUCUGGGGGCCAGCGAAGAAGAACUGGAAAGGGCUUCCAAGAAGGGUCAACAGUCAGGUCACCGAAAACGAUCCCCUCAUUCCAAGAAAGACAGCCUGGCUCAGACGGAAGACAGCGCCGCCAGCAGUCCAACCGGCCUCCUGCCAUCCGGACCCAAGAGGGUGAAGAAGAGUCCCUCGGCCGUGGUGAGCCUGGCCCCCGCCUCGCUGGGCCCGCGGCCCGACCAGCCCUUUGAGGACCUGCACUCCCAGCGGGUGAUCGCCAACGUGCGGGAGCGCCAGCGCACCCAGUCCCUCAACGACGCCUUCGCCUCGCUGCGCAAGAUCAUUCCGACGCUCCCUUCGGACAAGCUGAGCAAGAUCCAGAUCCUGAAACUGGCGUCGCGCUACAUUGACUUCCUGUAUCAGGUGUUGCAGAGCGACGAGAUGGACGCUAAGCUCGCCAGCUGCAACUACCUGGCCCACGAGAGGCUGAGCUACGCCUUCUCCGUCUGGAGGAUGGAGGGCGCCUGGGCCAUGUCCGCCAGCCACUAGGACCCCCUCACCUCCCGUCUUGACCCGCCGCCUCUUUCUCCCUCUAUCUCUUUUGUACAUUUCUUAUUUAAAUCUCCUUGUCCGACCCCCAUCAGCCUUUCACCUUUUGAACCCCCGUUGCUUCCACUGCUCUCUUCCUGUCUGUCCCACCGUUAAAUGACUGCAGGAAGACACUCCAUUGCUAACUCCCAGAAAUCCAACAAGUGGAAAAUUCCAGCCGACAACAAUGAAACCUUCCCUCUUCGCCGCCAUCCUAACUUUUUUGGGUGGCGGGAGGGGGUAACUUUGUUCCCCUUCCGUUGGACCCGUGCUUGACAUGUGAGACUGAGAUGGACUCCUCCAACAUGACUCUGAACCAAAGGAGACGUGACGGUCCAGGAACGGACGCUUCCAAACAAUGUUUUCAUCGACAAACAGCUGGCCUGCACUGACAAUGAAACAAGACGGGCGCCCCGUAAGCGCUUCUGACGUGGGCAGGCACAGCCGUUGAAUGUUUACAGCUAAAAUGCUAAUAAGCUAAUCACUCUGGCUCUCAAGGGCCCACCCGCUUGUGGGAAGAGGGAGAGCAUGAGGAAUCAAAUCUGAUUUGGUUCCGCAGUCAUUGGACCACUUUUCGCAUCUGAUUCUUCCUUUGUAAAUAAAAUGAACUGCUUCCAAUUUCAAACACAUGCAGAAGCAUGUCUUCUUCCGGAGAUUUUGUGCUGCGUUAUACUGUAAUGCAAGAAUAUAUGAUUGGUGUACGCCUGGGAUUUCUUGAGGCAAACGUGUUGUUAAAAUGUGUGUUGAUCAGGAAUCGCUGCCAUGUUAGGAGGCGCGGAAGUUGCGCUUCCAUUUGUAUAGUUUUGCAACUGCUUGUGAUCAUCUUUGUUGUGUCGGCCCCUAUGGCCAAUACAUUUUUUUUUUUGUAGUGACUGCUGCAUCUAUUGGUGUAUAUCAUCUUUCAGGAAGAAUAAAAUCUAAUCAUGUUUA